AAUGGUCGCACUAUUAUUACGUCACCAACAACAAGAAGCGUCUACUGUGGCAGUUGAGAAGCCAAACACACUUCAGUAUUUAAGAAAGGUUAUGUUCACAGAUACUAACAAAUAAUUUAUAGCCCUCCGGACAAUUAAUACUCAUGUCAACGCUGUUGCACAUGAAACGUAUUAGGUUGGUUGAAGAAGUAGCUAGCUAACGUUAACUCAGAAGUUAACAAAAGUUGCCUGGAUAGUUAGCAAUCUGGCUAGCAACAUGGCCCCUAAUAUCAAUCCUAAAGUAAAGGGCACAACCAAAGUUUCAAUUAGUGGGAUAACAGUACAUGCUCAAAGCAAACAUUGUCAUCGAAAUAAUGUAUUGGCCGAGAGGAAUCAGGCAGUUGCACCUGUGGGCGCCUGGGUGGAGAGUGGACAAGACUGCCAGGAUGAGCAUCCAAAUGUUCGUGCCAUGCUAACGGAGGAGCUACAGAUGGAGAUUCAACGGGAGAAAGAGGAGAGUCUUCGCCGGUUUCAGGAAGAAGUACGCCGCCGCGUGGCACAACAUGCUCAAAUCCGCAAGAGGUGGCAGCUUAAGAAGUCAUGCGAGAUGGCAGAGCAGGAGGAGAGAGUGCUCCAGCAGCCCAGCGAUGCAGCGCAGAGAUUGACCCCCAGGAAGAAUCCGUUCCCCUACUCCCCACAGAGAGAGCUAGCCAUCUGCAGCCCCAACUCCCGCUGGGUUCGAGCACAGGGCCAUGAGAGCAGCGACAGAGAAAACAGGACAGAUCUGCAAACGCAUCAGCUCAGCAAAGUCAUGAGGCAGGUCAGACACAGACUGGCAGCCUGUCAGACGAUCUGUGACGGAGAAGUGAUGUCAGAGCUCCCUGGGGGAAUAUGGAAGGUGUCUCCUACCAGAGAUAAACAUGUAUAUCGGGUGACAAGAGAAGAAGAGGAUCAUGAAAAGGAGGAGGAAGAUAUUCCUUUGAUUGGGCAACAUGACUCCCCUCUUCAGAACUUUUAUCCUCACGAGGGUUACAGGAGCAAGACUGUCACCUUUGACAACAAUCCGGUCUGUCAGAGGAUCUUUAGUGAGCCUUAUCCUGCAGGUCAUAGUAAUGAGUUUAGUACUGACCAUAGAGCUGCUCAAGUGCUGUGGCCCCAAGAAGACCAGGAGGAACUGAAGAGACAGGGUCAGUCUCAGUUUCUGAUGUACCGACGCCUAUUCAUGGACAUUGAGAGAGAACAAGUCAAGGAGCAUCAGAGACAUAGAAAGCACCUGAGGAGAAUCGGAAGGAUAAAAGCAGAAAAGGAGCAGAAGAGGUUGGAAGAGGAGAGGAAGCUGGAGAGAUUGCGGCAGCUUGAGGAGGAUAGACUGGAUAUGGCUGAGAGGGAAUUUCUGAUUCUGGAGCGACUGAGGCUUGAGGAAGAGGAGAGGGCAGAGGUGUUAGAGAAGAAAGAGAGAGCAAAGAAAGAUAAAGAAGCCACAAGGUACAUCGAGGCUCUGAGAGCUCAGAUGAAGGAGAGGAUAGUUCUGGAGAAUACAGAGCUCCCUCCUCUCUGUUGCUGCGGAGACAGUUUCUGGGACUCCCAUCCUGACACCUGCGCAAACAACUGUGUCUUCUACAACAACCCUAAAGCCUAUGUCCAGGCUCUGCGGUCUGCGCUGUUGAGCUGUGAUCUGAAGGACAGGAGCCACUCCACUCACCAGCGAGCCUCGGCUCGCCGGAUUGCCUCCUUGCACGCCCUUUCACCCAGGAAGGAAACCACCUCGCAAAGGAACAAAAGAAAAGAGGACAUUUGAAUUUCAGCCCUCUUUGUUUUUUAAAAUCAAUAAUGACCUUUAAACGGUACCAUGAAAGGACAUGUCGUUUUGUCAUUCUAUUGAUUUUGAAUCAUACCUUGCCGUCUCUCACUCUCGAAUACUUAUCAGUUGUAUUUCCUUGAAACGUGAUGUCGUUUAUUUUGUAUGGUUUUAUUUUAAUUAUCUGUCUUUAGUUAUGUCAAAGAUGUACACUUGGUUUUACGCUGUGCUUAAUUGCUGAAAAAUUGCUGAUUUUAAAACCUGACAUUUUAUCUUUUGAACCUCGGGAUGAUGUUUCAGUGGUGUUUGUUAGUCCUAUAAUGUAUUUUGGAUGCAGCAGUGGGCAUAAUCACUAGUAGUGUCCUAAUCCUUCCUAUGACAGUAUAUAUUAUUCCAUUCCUGUGGAAAAGUAGGGGAUGAAAAUGUCAGCUGGUUUCAUUUCCUAUAAAAUGGGGAAAGAGUGACUCUUGUCCUAGGCAACAGACCUAUGAUUAAAAUAUUUUUUUUUAUAUCAAUGUAUUAUUAAUGUGUUACUCAUUGCAUUGUUUGGGUGAUUUGUUACUGUUUCCUAUUACGGUAAGAUUGAUUUUAAAUGUAUUUUUUAGUGUUCACCAAAACUGAAUGAAUGUAAAAGGCCUUCCUAUAUGAUAAAUUCUCAUGUUUAUUAAUGAAAAAAUGAGAAGCUAAACUUGUAGGAUACAGUGCAUUUGAGAAGUAUUCAGACCCCUUGAAUUUUGUUACAUUAAGGCCUUACAUUUUGUUACAUUACAAAGCAAAAACAGGUAGAUUUGUUUUGUAAUAUUUUUUUUAAAUGGAAAUAUCACAUUUACAUAAGUAUUCAGACCCUUUACUCAGUACUUUGUUUGGCAGCGAUUACAGCCUCGAGUCUUCUUGAUUAUGACGCGUCAAGCUUGACACACCUGUAUUUGGGGAGUUUCUCCCAUUCUUCUCUGCAGAUCCACUCAAGCUCAGUCAGGUUGGAUGGGGAGCUUUGCUGCACAGCUAUUUUCAGGUGUCUCCAGAGAUGUUCGAUCGGGUUCAAAUCCGGGUUCUGUCUGGGCCACUCAAGGACAUUCAGAGACUUUUCCAUAAUCCACUCCUGCGUUGUCUUGGCUGUGUGCUUAGGGUCGUUGUCCUGUUUGCAGGUGAACCUUUGCCCUCGUCUGAGGUCCUGAGCGCUCUGGAGCAGGUUUUCAUCAAGCAUCUCUCUGUACAUUGCUCCGUUCAUCUUUCCUUCAACCUUGUUUCUCAUAGUCUGAGAGUCCUUUAGGUGCCUUUUGGCAAACUCCAAGCGGGCUGUCGUGCCUUUUACAGAGGAGUGACUUCAGUCUGGCCACUCUACCAUAAAGGCCUGAUUGAUGGAGUGCUGCAGAGAUGGUUGCCCUUCUGGAAGGUUCUCCCAUCUCCACAGAGGAACUCUGGAGCUCUGUCAGAGUGACCAUCGGGUUCUUGGUCACCUCCCUGAUCAAGGCCCUUCUCCCCCGAUUGCUCAGUUUGGCCGGGCGGUCAGCUCUGGGAAGUCUUGGUGGUACCAAACUUCUUCCAUUUAAGAAUGAUGGAGGCCUCUGUGUUCUUGGGGACCUUCAAUGCUGCACAAAUGUUUUGUACCCUUCCCCAGAUCUGUACCUCGACACAAUCCUGUCUCGGAGCUAUAGGGACAAUUUCUUUGACCGCAUGGCUUGGUUUUUGCUCUGACAUGCACUGUCAACUAUGGGACCUUAUAUAGACAGGUGUGUGCCUUUCCAAAUCAUGUCUAAUCAUUUGAAUUUACCACAGUUGGACUUUAAGUUGUAGAAACAUCUCAAGGAUGAUCAAUGGAAACAGGAUGCACCUGAGCUCAAUUUCGAGUCUCAGCAACAGGUCUGAAUACUUAUGUAAAUAAGGCAUUUCUGUUAUUUUUAAUACAUUUGCAACAUUUCAAAAACACUUUUUUCUUGGUCAUAAUGGGGUAUUGUUUGAAGAUUGGUGAGGGAACAAAUAUAUUUAAUCCAUUUUAGAAUGAGGCUGUAACGUAACAAAAUGUGGGAAAAGUCAAGGUGUCUGAAUACUUUCCAAAAACUCCAAGGCAUUCUUACCAGAAGAUAAAAGCGAGUCUAAUAUCAAUGCCACAACUAAGCCAGGUAAACGAGAUCACAUUACCAUAAACUAUUGCUAUUAGAGAGUGCACAGAUUCUUCUGCUUUUUCACAAAUUGCCUAUGUGUGUAGUUCUAAUUUGAUGGUUAAGACAGCUAAUAAUGAAAUGUUUUCUCAACACUUUAUUUGAAAUUCUGGUGUGUGUUUUUCCACUCUCACUGUAACACAGUUCAUAAACUCUAAUCAUGAGACUCACUCAUCAUGACCACCCUCAAGGUGUUUGUGCAUCAGUACCCUUUUCACAAACUGUAAUAAAUAAUAUUUUAUUUUCA